UGACAUCGUACUUUGACACAGUGUGCCACUCUACUAGUCUGUGUCGUCAUACUUUAUGAUUUAUUUGUGGCGAUGGACUAAAACCGUCUGACAAUUACAACGGUCGAUGAUAAAAUGUUCUGAUUUAUGUUGAUACUGACAGAGACCAACUGCUCUGGUGUGUUUGGGGAGUCGGUAGGGCCUUUGUUUCGCUGACUUUGGUGAACUUUACAGUUCGUUGGGUUGUGAGGUCAAGGUGCACCCUGAUGUAGGUCGGGUCAGGUAGCACUCCUGACAGGGAGCAGGACAGGAGGGCAAAUAGUGAAACGAAUUCUCGAGUUUCGGAAAAGAUAUUGGUGUAUGACUGACAGCUUCAGGUGUUACACUCGCCCUGUGCUUGUGAUUUGUGUCAGGGAACAAUCUCCUCAGCAGGUCAUUCAUCCACAUCUCAUCCACCGAUCGUUAGAAUCGUUUUUUUAUUGACUGCUCCUGGUCACACUCUGCUCCUAUAAUUAAAACAAGUCACUGACAAUAUUUAUGUUUAAAGUUGUUGUGUGAACCAACAGUGAAAUGGCGGAUGGAGGAAACGAGACCCUGCUUGUGUCCUGCGAGUGGCUGCAGGAUAAGGUAACAUCCGGGGACACAGGGAACAUCGUGGUGCUGGAUGUGACCUGGUCCAGCGACAAGGACUUGUAUGAGGACUACAAGCAGCGACACAUUCCAGGGGCAGCGUACCUCAAUGUCCUCAUUGGUCCUCACUCAGACUCGUUUCCACGCAACAUUCCACAGCAGGAUGUAUUUCAGAAGAACGCGCGUGCUGUCGGGGUGAACGACAACUCUCACGUGAUCGUCUACAGCAACUCUGACAAAUACGGCUUUUUCGUCUCUGGCAGGGCGUGGUGGACAUUCAAGAUAUUCGGAGCACAGACUGUGUCGAUUCUGGAUGGAGGACUCCAGAAGUGGCUGAGUCUCGGCUAUCCCACCGUCUCCGGUGUGACUGAUGUUCAGCCAGGUAACUUCACAGCCAGAUUCCAGAAGGACUAUUACUGCACCUUUGAUCAGGCGUCCUCAGUAGUAGGUACAGACACCAUCAUCCUAGACUCCCGCCCACAAGAGCUUUACAAGCAAGGUCACGUGCCGGGCGCGCGCAACCUACCCUACUCCGACCUGAUUGAUGAAGAGACCAAGACAAUGAAGUCGGUCAGCGAAAUCAGAGCUGCUCUGCAAGGUGCUGGAGUAGACUUGGAGAAGCCUGUCGUCUGCUACUGCAACUCUGGAAUGUCCUCGUGCACCUUGCUCUUCGCCUCCAAGCUCUGCGGCGCUAAGGACGUGUCCCUCUACCACGGAGGAUUCACCUUAUGGAAGAAGAGUGCUCCAGACAACAUCGGACAAUGAUGUCAGACCUCAUCCACCAAUCCUCAGUCGGGAUGUAAAAACUCAUUUUAUUUCUCAUCUUCCAAAGACAAGGACAGUUUGUAAAACUCAGUGCAACGAAUCGUGAAGUGGAAAGUUCUUGUUAAACUAAUAGACAGGAAGUAUGAUCAUGUAGCAAAUGUAUUAGCUUUAACUCACAGAUACCUGUAUUUGAAGUAUUUUUGUUUUGUAGUUUUGAUUUUUUCACAAGAAAUUAUUUUGAUGACUAGAUCCUACUCAUGGGUGUGUGGAUGACAUACGCGCGCACGCACACAUAUAUGUAUAUAUGAUUGUUUAGUGAAAGAUAUGUGGUUUUAAGGAAGAAUAAUAAAUUAUAUCACAGGAAAAUAACUUUCAUCAAUUCAGCUGUAGCAGUCAAUUUAAGUUUGAAGACUCACAUCGUUGACAGCUUUUCAUCGUCUAUCAAACUGUUGAGUUUAAGAAAACACAGACCACCAUGGAGGAGUAGAAAACAUUGAAUUCACAAUCAAGAUUGUUGUAUUCAAGGCAUCAGUCAAUAAGUGAUACCUAAUAAGCAUAAUACAUAUGCAACGAUUUCCUCUUGAUAAUUUCCUCCGAAACAUACCCGUAACAUGGCCAAGCAAGGUCCAUUACUAGGUGAUCGCCUGGCUAUAGAGUAAGACCACAGAAAACACUAAAUACCUGUCAUACACCACAAAGUUUUGUCUGCAAUCCGGCGAGGCAUCUAAUAUAGCGGUUGGUUGUUUUUUUUUUCAAGGUGUAAAAAUAUAUAUGUUUGUUCACCGGUAUCAACGGUGGAAAAACCAAAGUUCCCUGAUGUGUUCAAUCUUUUUAUACCUGAUUGGUUCUAACACUUACCUGUUAGGCAAAUACAAAACUCAAAACACAAAAGAGAAUUCGGAUAAAAUCAGCAUCCGAAAGAUUAGUGGAAAAAUGAUAAACUUGUUCACAAAGCCCUCUGGCAGGCUGCAGAAAGUCCAGGAAACCCAGGCAGUAAGCAAAGAUCGACAACCACUGAAUGGUUUGGUUUUUUUUUACAGAUUAUCCUUCCUUUGUGUUUCUCAGUGUGUUCUAAUCUGCAUCAACAGUUAUUCUCUUGAGUUGCACAAUGUCGACUUUUACUCUGGUCCAGCUUUUGGUUAAUUGUAAUAGUGUGAGUCCCCAUCUACCUUCCAAUGGUAGAUAUAUAAUUGAUAUUAUUUUACGAAUUGGUGAUUGUCAGGUGUAUCGUCUUCCAUUUUAUUCAGUGGAUAUCAAGGACAGUGUCUGAAAUGGGUCUGAAUGUGACUAUUUUACAAUUUUUGUCAGUAAACAUAAUGGAUUAGGCUUUCGAAAGAAGGAAAAUAUGUCAGCAUAAUUAGACAACUGUCGACUGUUUACAACCUCUGGGUUCUGCAAGUGACCUGUCUUAGUUCUGUUAUAGAUAUCAACAUCAAUGAAAAAUCUUGUCUAAAGUUAGCAAAAGUAUUUUCCAAACAGAUUUCUUUCAGAGCUGUACUCCCUAUGAACUUUCAUGAGCUUCUGUAAAAUAUUUCUGUAAGUUUACAAAUUAUCUCCUGGCCAAGCGGGUUGUAACUGUAUUCCUAUUUCUUGUCUUGUUGUUUCUGUUGUAGAUGUAAGCGCACGUGAGGGCGUAUAAAGCAUGUGAGCAUAUAAACCUCAUAUUGUGAUGAAGAGCAUAUCCUUGCAUUAUCUUAAAUUACCACAGACAAAAAAGCUUCACAUUCUGAGUGCUGACAGUCUGGCAGACAGGAGUGUAGUUCUAUAGGCGGAACAAACACAGUCGUUGAAAGUUCUGCUUUUUCAAGUUUUCCUGAACAACCCAAGUAAAGAACUUGACUCGUAUUGUCUGAAAUACAGUAAAGCAUUAAAGUUAUUAAUUUACAGA